AUGUCACCAACUAAAUAUGAAGAACUGGUUAUUUUAAUGGCCCCAUAUCUACAAAGAAUUCACUCAAGACCUGAUAUUCUAUCAGUUGGAGAAAUUUUAGCAGCUACGUUAAGAUACUUAGCUGCUAGUGAAAGCAUGACUGACAGAAUGUUUAAUUUUCGAAUUGGCAAAUCCACUGUUUCAAAAAUAAUUUUAGAAUGCUGCAAUUGUUUGUGGGAUGUAUUAUUUACACCCACUGAAAAAAUUGAAAGAGUUUUUUGA